AAAAUGUCGAAAUUAUAUAGAGAUAUUCUUUAUCUGAUAAUCGAAGAAUUACAAUAUGACAGAAAGUCUCUUGUUUCAUGUCUUACUAUUAAUAAAAUUUGGUGUGAAAUAAUUAUUCCAAUUUUAUGGAAAAAUCCUUGGGAAGAUUUAACUUUUGAUAAAGAAAAAUUAUUAUUAAACACAAUUAUUUCACAUUUAUCAGAUGAAGAAAGAAAUAAUUUAAGUCAAUACUCUACAAUUUCAUAUAAGAAACCUUUGUUUAAUUAUAUUAGUUUUUGCAAACAUUUAAAUUUAGAAAUAAUCGAAAAUAUAAUUUUAAGUCAUGGUCAAGGUCAAUAUAAUGAAAUUAAAAAUUAUAUACUUAAUCUUUUUAUUAAUAAAAAUGCAGAAUAUACUCACCUUUAUAUGACUAACUAUUACUAUGAAUAUCAUCUUAUCCCUGAAGCUGAACAGUGUUUUUCAAAAAUUAAAUUCCUUAGAUGUGAUUCUAGAGUAAAGGAUAAUAGUUUAGCUAUAUUAACAAAAAUGUGUAAAUCGAUUGAAGAUUUGGAACUUAUUAUUUACAAGUAUGAAAAUAAUUUUGGAAUUCCUAAGUUAAUUGAAAAUCAAGAAAAUUUAAUUAAUGUUAGUUUUUUACAUAAGUAUUCUCCUUAUGAUGGAUUAUUUCGUGCAUUUCUAGAAAAUUCGUUGAUCAAACAUGCAAAUACUAUACAAUAUUUUAAUAUAUGUGGUCAACUUGAAACACAAAUUCUUACAUCCUUUGUAAAUUUAAAAGAUUUGGUAUUAAUGGGUGAUUGGGAAAGAUGGAUAUAUAUAGAAAAUUUAUCUUUACCUUCCUUACAAAGUUUAUAUACUAGGGACAUUAAUACUGAGAGUUUAAAAGGUUUAAUCGAAAAUUCCGGUGGGAAACUUAAUGAAUUAAAUAUUUCUUAUUCAGUUAUUUUUCCUGAUGCUAUUAGUACUAAAGAAAUUAUUCAAGUUAUUUGUCAGAAUUGUCCUAACCUUACUCAUCUUGAAUUUUAUUAUAAAAAUUGUAAUGUUUUAGAUUUAGAGAAAUUAUUGAUUAAAUGUCAAUAUUUAAAAAUAUUAGGAAUUUAUUAUAUUGUUGAAGAUGAAUUUAUGAAUUGGGAUAAUUUAUUCAACAUUUUAGUUACAUCAUCACCACUUAGUUUACACAAACUUAAAAUUAUCUAUCCUGUUAAUCAACCUGAAUUGAAAUCUUUAAAAUUAUUUUUUGAUAAUUGGGAAGGUAGAAAACCUAUUUCAUUAAUCAUUAGUAUAAAAGGGGAUUUUAUUCGAAAAAAACAACUAAAUGAUUUAAUAGGAAAUUAUAAAUCAAAAGGUGUAGUAAAAGAUUUUAUUCAUUAUUCUUAUGAAUAUGAUGAUUUAAUAGAAAGUAAGGCAAAAGAGAUAGUUAAAGAUCUUAAAACUAAAGCAGCUAACAUUUUUUAUGGAUUUAAAAAUUUAUUCAAUUAAUUAAAUUCUUAUGUUAUUUGAUUUUCUUUUUUUUUUAUUAAUAAAA